AUGCAUUUGCCGGGACUAAUUGUCAUGUGCUUGCUGGCGGCCAGCUGCGCGGAUCAACAGGACGGCAAAAUAGUGAACGGCACUGUCGCGGCAAAGGGCGAGUUUCCCUACGCGGUGUCGCUGCGCCGCGCCAAGACGGGCCACCAUUCGUGCGGAGCCACAUUGCUGAACGCCGGCUGGGUGCUGACCGCGGCGCAUUGUGUGCGGAGCGCGACGCCGGAGCAGCUGAAUGUGCAAUAUGGCAGCAAUACAAUCGAGCGCAAUGCCAGCCAGCUGGCCUGGGUGGCGGCCAUAUAUGUGCAUCCCGGCUAUGAGCCGCACGACAAGUAUAUCCACGACAUUGCCCUGCUCCGGCUGCGGCAGUCCGUCACUUUUGGCGGCAGUGUGCAGCCCGUGCGCUUGCCGGAUCCCCAACAGCAGACGCUGGACAACAGCAGCGCCGUGCUCGCAGGCUGGGGACUGAAUGCGACUGGCGGCGUGGUCCAGCAGCAAUUGCAGAAGGUGCAGCUGCAGGUGUUCAGCGACGAGGAGUGCAGUCGCCGCCAUCAGAUGCAGCUGCACAGCAGCCAGCUAUGCGCCGGUGUGCCCGAGGGCGGACGCGGCCAGUGCAGCGGCGAUUCGGGUGGUCCGCUACUGCUCGCCGGCACGGACACCCAAAUCGGCAUUGUCUCGUGGAGCAUUAAGCCAUGCACACGACCGCCCUAUCCGGGCGUAUUCACCGAACUGUCCGCCUAUGUCGAUUGGAUUGUCCAGACCGUGGCGGCGGCUAGUCCAGCCGCCGAUCCGCUUGCCACGCAGCUGUGGAUCGGACAGUUGAUUGUGGCACGAGUGCCGCCUCCAUUGCAGACAUAAAGGUUGUGUAAAUUAAAUGCCUUUUCAUUUACAA